ACCCCAGCCUAAGGGUUGAUACCAUUUAAGUCUCUGUUCUGGUCUACAUCGUUUGGAAAGAAAUAUAUAUUAAAUCUCAUAGCACCUCCUUUGCUGAUGUGUUUGAGAACAAAGUAGGCCAAUUACAAUAAACAAAUUUGAUUCUGCAAAAAGUUUAUGCUGUGUAAACCGCAAUCAAUCAUGCUGCUCCGUUCGCACCUGCGUCGCCAGACACUUUUCUUCACAAAGCGAAUAACAGUUGGUUCUGAAGAAUUUGGGUUCCAAAACCUUUCUGCCACUUUGAGAUGGAACAGUUCAGUAGCAUCUACAGAAUCUCUUGGUGCACCUAUUGCACAGCCUAAUGAUGCCCAGGCACAGAAGGAAAUUUCAAACUCUGUUGAGCAACACGUUCCAAAAGAAUCCAAAGGACAUCGUAUGCUUGCACCUUUUACUGCAGGGUGGCAGAGUACAGAUACACAUCCUUUGAUUAUUGAUAAAUCUGAGGGUGUUUUUGUAUAUGAUAUUCAUGGGAAGAAGUAUCUUGAUGCACUUGCAGGCCUUUGGUGCACUGCAUUAGGUGGAAAUGAACCACGCCUUGUGGCAGCUGCAACAGAACAACUCAAUAAAUUACCAUUUUAUCACUCUUUUUGGAACCGUACCACUGAACCUUCGCUGGUUCUUGCUAAAGAGGUCCUUGACAUGUUCAAGGCCAAAAAAAUGGCUAAGGCUUUUUUCACAAAUAGUGGCUCAGAAGCCAAUGACACUCAGGUUAAACUGGUUUGGUAUUAUAACAAUGCUUUAGGACGACCAAACAAGAAGAAAUUUAUUGCUCGAGAGAAAUCGUAUCAUGGAUCAACACUAGUGGCAGCCAGUCUGUCCGGGCUAACUGCACUUCAUAAAAGUUUUGAUUUGCCGGUAUCAUUUGUACUGCACACUGACUGCCCCCACUAUUGGCGCUACCAUUUGCCAGGUGAAACUGAAGAAGAAUUUGCAUCAAGGCUAGCAAAUAACUUGGAGAAGCUUAUUUUGAAGGAAGGCCCGGAAACGAUUGCUGCAUUUAUUGCAGAACCUGUUAUGGGUGCUGGUGGAGUAAUUGUGCCUCCUGCUACAUAUUUUGAAAAGGUUCAAGCCGUUGUAAAGAAGUAUGAUAUCCUCUUCAUUGCUGAUGAGGUCAUAUGUGCCUUUGGAAGGCUGGGAACUAUGUUUGGAUGUGAUAAAUACAAUAUCCAACCCGACCUUGUUUCAAUAGCCAAAGCCCUUUCUUCUGCAUACAUGCCCAUUGGUGCAGUGUUGGUAGGCCAAGAGGUUGCUGAUGUUAUUAGUUCUCAAAGUAACAAACUUGGUCUCUUUUCACAUGGAUUCACUUAUUCUGGACAUCCUGUAUCAUGUGCUGUUGCACUGGAAGCUUUGAAGAUAUAUAGGGAAAGAAACAUUGCUGAAUAUGUAGAUAGCAUUUCACCCCUAUUCCAAAAUGGCAUGAGGGCAUUGGCUGGGAGUCCUAUUGUGGGAGAGAUACGUGGUACAGGACUUAUCAUUGGAGUAGAAUUUACAGAUAAUAAAUCACCCAACGACACCUUUCCGCCUGAGUGGGGUAUAGGAGCAUACUUCGCAGGGAAAUGUAUGGAAAUGGGAAUGCUUGUGCGUGUUGCUGGGGAUACAAUUAUGAUGUCCCCACCAUUCAUCAUGAAACCUGAAGAUAUUCAAGAACUUAUUACCAUCUUUGGGAAGGCGUUAAAGGUGACAGAAGAGCAUGUUCAAUAUCUGAAGUCUACACAAAACAAAUAAAUUUUAUCUGCACUUGUGAUGAUGAUGAGAAAAUUUCUAAGCUGGUUUCUUAUUAAGAGUACGUGAUCUGUACUAAAACUAUGCUAGACUCUGUCUUGUUGAAAGAUGCAAAGAUGCAACGAUAGUUGUGACAAGACAUUCUUGCAUUUAGAUUGAUUAUGAAGUGCUGAGUUUUUCCGCAAAGAUGUAAUUAUUUUUUACAUGUUUUUAAUUUGGUUUUGGGCCAUUCAGCCCUCAAAGAAAAACUAUCGGACCUUGAAUAUAUACAACAACAUAUAAUAUAUGUAUUUCGAAUUUGUCUUCU